UCCACGGAAUACUCGCACAGGUGAGUACUCUGAACAUCCAUGAUGGCGACGCAUGGUUCGACAAAAGCAAACGAAAGUUGGUGCGGGAGUGAAUACUCGGGCCUCACUGCUCGCUUUCGCCUCGAUCAGCAGGGCAGGGAAUGUCCGAAGCCGAAAAGCGACCGAAAUUUUCGCACGAGCAUCAAGAGCCGCCCCCUUGCCCUGAUUGGUGUAAAUGGACCACGAUCUCGACUACUCUCUGCACAAAUUGCACAAAGUAGGGCAAGCUGAAGCACGUCAAGGUAGGACCCUCUACCACGCCCUCGCUCUCCCAAGCUCACAUUACUCCUCCAUUCCCAAAGCCAAUUUCAAGAACACGCCCA